CCGCGCCAGCCGGGACUUGUAGGCGAAGGUGGUUACCAUGGAGUUGCGCCGAGUAACGCUGCGAUAGUAGGACGCUGAGGCUGGCGGGGAAGCACUUGCGGGAGGUAUUUCCAUUUCAACAGGGAACAAUCCCUGAACCCAAAGGAAUGAAUCCCUAAUGGUGGAGUUUCAGGCGUCAGUGACAGGCUGAACCCGGAUCCCCAGGGCCCGCACUUACACCUGGCAAAUGAUGGCCUGAGCGGUGAACAAACAGGACAGUAUGGACACGUCGGUGCAAGAGCCCCCACUUGACUACUCCUUCCGAAACAUCCAUGUGACCCAAGAUCUGUUAAGCGAGGAGCCACGGACAGGGCUGCGCCCACUACGGCACUCGAAGUCGGGGAAGUCAAUGACCCAGUCCCUGUGGCUCAACAACAACGUCCUCACUGACCUGAGAGACUUCAGCCAUGUGGUUUCACAGCUCCUGGAGCACCCGGAGAACCUGGCCUGGAUCGACCUGUCCUUCAACGACCUGACUUCCAUCGACCCUGUCCUGACAACUUUCUUCAACCUGAGCGUCCUCUAUCUCCAUGGCAACAGCAUUCAGCGCCUCGGAGAGGUGAACAAGCUGGCUGUCCUCCCUCGGCUCCGGAGCUUGACACUCCAUGGGAACCCCAUAGAGGAAGAGAAGGGGUACAGGCAAUACGUGCUGUGCACCGUGCCCCGCGUCACCACAUUCGACUUCAGCGGGGUCACCAAAGCAGACCGCGCCACGGCCCAGGUGUGGAAGCGCAUGCACGUCAAACCGAGGAAGGCCCGGAGGACCGAGCACGACGCACGCUGAGGCUUCUGGGACCCCAGCCGUCCCAGGGGCCUGAGGACGUGGUCGCGUGUGACAAUAAAUAAUUUGAGCUGUUCAGCA